UCGUGAAGGAAGCAGGUUUUCUUUUGGCCAACAUGAAAACUAAAAGAAAAAGAACAUUCCGGAACCGAUAAACGGUCGACGAACCGACAAGCCACACCUUCCAGUGGGUUCAUGAGGUCAGGCGGGUCAGUUUCUUUUUUUUUCUUUAUCUUGCCUCAUAUCUAGCGAGUCGAACCUUUGAUACCUACGGAAGAAACAUUUGUUAUAAGUUCAGCCGCGUCUGCGUGUGAAGGUUAUUUGUGAUCAGGAAGCCGCCGUCUUCGCACGGUUAAGUUGACCGGUUAAGGGACAUGGAAAGGCCGGGAAGGUGUUCCUGCUCAUGGGCGGCGUGGACCCCGUUUUCAGCACAAGGCUGUAUCGCAACACCGAGCCAGGUGUGACUGUAUCCGCCGUCUAUAUUUGCAAGGAAAACAAUCCAGAACUGCAAGUGUACAUGCAGAGGGCAUUCGACUUUAAUUGGUUCUUCUAUGUGGGCCUGCGGCGAGACACCAGAACGUGGUGGUACGCCAGUUAUGGCGACCCCCACCCCAGUGCUGCCAUGCGGGGUCCGAACGUCAACUUGCGAGUCGGGGACCUUCUGCUCGUGCAGUUCCGGUUCCUGGGCAACGGUGAAUGUGAGGUCUCCAUCAACAUGAAGCUGGUGGGCAGAUAUACCAUUGGUGGCACUCUGACAUGGUAUAGGACUGUCGUUGCCACCGGCGUGGCUCUCACCGAGUUCCACGUCACUCAGUCAACUGAUACGUAUCCGUCUCGUGUGUUUGUUAAUGGGGAGCAUGAGGAGAGCCAUCCCAUGGCUCCAGGGCAGGUCAUAGCUGGUUCUUUGAUCGUAGCAAGUGGACGGGCAAAAGACCCUGCAACUGAUUUGGGCGUGACGUUCGUCUACGAGGACGAAGGCUCCAGAUCCAUAUCACUGGGUGCUGCGCCACCUCUUAACCAGGAGGCAGUCAUCGGCUUAAUGUUCACGCCGACACAAGUGAUAACAUCAGCUGACGUGGGCGGGACAACAGAGACUCCCUACAACAUAACGACAGGCAGAAUUAAAAGCCUCUACUUUUCUAACCUGGAAGUGCUAGACUUGGGAUUUGUCUGGACCUGAAUUAACUACCGGUUUCUGCAGCAAUGGCCAUUCCAUAGUGUGAAACAGCAACACAUUGCAGGAUAUCAGAAAUCGAAACUUCGUUUAUAUCACGUAAUUAAGAGAACACGUCUGUGGUAUGUAACGCACACGAGUCGAAUAAAAAGCAAACACUUUGAAAGUAC